GUUCCUUCCCUUGGUCUGCGCCUCCUCGAGUCCCUGCGGUACGCCGCAGCUACCAGGCGCGCCCGGCCGGCACGGCGCUGGGGGUGUUCGCUGCCUGGCACUGCCGUUGCCGACCCUGGGCAUUGCCAAGUUGAGCUUCCGCGCCCUCUGCGACUCUGGAAACCUUGUUAGUGUCCGGAGUUUGCCUCUGGCCUGGCCUCUUUCCUUCUCUUGCCACUACUCUCCUUGAGCGCGGAACCCGCAGCCCCGGGCUCGCUCUGGAGCGACCGCUUGGGACUUGGGGGCGCCCUACGUUUGGGCGGCUCGCCCACCCCCGGGCUCCGUGCCCACGGUGCCAGUUGUGCCGUGGGUCUUCCCAGCCCUUCCUCAGGGGCCUAUGCUCGACGUGGGUUUUUCUUUCCCGGUUCCGAGCCGUGGAGGACUAGGUUUCCUCUCCUGCUUUCCCACUGGAUGGUCAGCGUGGGGCCGGCCAAGGACUGAGCUUUUCUGCUCCCUCUCCUUGCGAGGCGGUUCCAGACCGUCUGACCUUUGCUCGGCUGCCUCAUUUUAUGCUGUGCAACUGCCUUGCUGCUUCUUUCCCUAGCCUCUUCUGGGCCCGAGGCUCCUUCGCCAUCCGGUAUCCCCCUAUCCUCAGACAUCGAUCUUUGCCAGGUCCCGGAGCCCCUGGGCCUCUCGUAAGGCUGUGGUGGGGGCUGAAGGGCCCCUAGAAGCCUGUCUAUCGGUGCAGUCCAGGACCUCCAGCCUCAUGGAGCCCCCGAUCCCGCAGGGCACCGCCCCUUUGACUCCCAGCUCCGUCAUGGUGCAGCCCCUCCUUGACGGCCGAGUGGCCCACAGCCGGCUCCAGCACCCACUCACCAUCUUACCCAUUGACCAGAUGAAGACCAGCCACGUGGAGAAUGACUACAUAGACAAUCCUAGCCUGGCCCCCUCCAUGGGUCCCAAGCGGACCCGGGGUGGGCCCCCAGAGCUGGCCCCUACACCUGCCCGCUGUGACCAGGAUGUCACUCACCACUGGAUCUCCUUCAGCGGGCGGCCCAGCUCUGUGAGCAGCAGCAGCAGUACCUCCUCUGACCAGAGGCUGCUCGACCACAUGGCUCCACCGCCAGUGGCUGAGCAGGCUUCGCCCAGGGCUGUGCGCCUCCAGCCCAAGGCGGUCCACUGUAAGCCACUGGACCUCAAGGGCCCAGCAGCUCCGCCAGAGCUCGAUAAGCACUUCUUGCUGUGUGAGGCCUGUGGGAAGUGUAAGUGCAAGGAAUGUUCGUCCCCUCGGACGUUGCCCUCCUGCUGGGUCUGCAACCAGGAGUGCCUGUGCUCGGCCCAGACCCUGGUCAACUAUGGCACGUGCAUGUGUCUAGUACAAGGCAUCUUCUACCAUUGCACCAACGAGGAUGAUGAGGGCUCCUGCGCUGACCAUCCCUGCUCCUGCUCCCGCUCCAACUGCUGCGCCCGCUGGUCCUUCAUGGGUGCCCUCUCUCUGGUGCUGCCCUGUUUGCUGUGCUACCUGCCAGCCACAGGCUGUGUCAAGCUGGCCCAACACGGCUAUGACCGCCUGAGACGUCCUGGUUGCCGCUGCAAGCACACGAACAGUGUUAUCUGCAAGGCAGCCAGCGGUGACCCCAAGGCCAGCAGGUCCGACAAGCCUUUCUGACACUGCCCUUGGAAACGUGGUCCCUCCUGCCAGUCUCCUAAGGCUGACCUUGCUCAUCUGUCCUCUCCUAAACCCUAGAUUGAGAAGAAGCAGGCAGAGACCACUGCCACCCAGCUUAGAGUCCCCAAAAGGAUGAAGAUGCACUUUGGGAUUUUCAUGUUCUUGAAACUUUCUGUCAAGCAGCAGUGAUAGCAUCGGGGUGUGCUGGUUUGGGAUGUGGUUUUCCUAUUUCAGAAGACAGAACACAGAUGUGGACACAGUCUGGAAGUUCAGCUGCUCAAUGGCCUUCCCAGCUCCUCCUCAGUCUCUUCCUCCCACUUUGCUAUUGUCUGUGGCUCCUGCUGGAGCCUCCUGCCUGGGAGGAACAGUUAAUGGAAGGUGGGAUACCUUGAGGAAGACCCUCAGAGCCUUGACUUCUACCUUUUCUUCCUCUGUCCAUGCCUGUUGGCCUUGGCCUCUUGGGAAGGUGCGCUGUAGCAAUUCCUGCUGUAUGGACUUGAUAACUGAGAACAAAAAUCACCCGGAGCCACAGGAUGGAUAAGGAGCCACGGGGCAGUGUGUUCCUCCUAGCUUCAAUCACUAACUUGGGGGUGUCCACUCAUCACACCAUCCUCUGCUUCUUAACGGAGUCAUGGACUGGCCUGCCUGCUGUGUGUCCCGAGAGCGCUCUACUCAGAUUCUUUGCAGAAACUUGCUGGGUUAAGAGGGCCAGGGCGACACAAGCGAGACCAAAUAUCAUUUUGCCAAUGAGUCUGAGGCUGUGGUCUCUGGAUCCAGUCACGAUGUUUUUACAUGUUUAAUUAAACUAGAUGCUAAUGGUGUUUAAACAAUAAUAAUACAACAACUUGCUUCCUUUUGGGCCACCCCCCAGGAAGGGCUGAUUUCAAAAUCUGGGGGCAACCACCUCAAGGAGCAUAAUCCCCCUGCCCAUCAAGAAUGGCGAAGAAGAGGCCGCACCUCCCAUUGGCAGAAUGACAGUUGAGCCGAGCUGGGGUUGGGUUUUCUUCGGGUUCUGCUGCUUGCUGUCAUAGCCUUUUGUGUAUAGUGAUGUGUCUGUCUUUAUGUAAAUAGAGAGAGGAUGAACAGAGUCUAUUUUAGUGUUAGGAGGCCCCAGUGGGGAAGUCAGAGGAGCUCAGAGAGGGUGGGGAACAGUUCUCCAGGGGCUACUGGAUUUGAGCCCCACUUUUGUGCGCAGCACAACCCCCGCCCCUCCCGACAGCCCCCAAAGACGUAGCAACUCUUUCUCUCACGGUGCUAAAGGACUCAGAAAGUGCAGCACGUCCAGUGGGUAGGUACUUGUUGCAUGCAAAAAGCUAUAGUGUCUCUGGUCCUUGCCCCUCAGCUGUUGUGUGGGGUUUUUGCUUUGUGUGGUAUUUUGUCCCCAUCCCUGCCUCUUAAUGAUGCGAGAAAUGGCCUGGGUCAGAAGAGGUGCCCCAGGGGAAAUUGGAAAAGCAUUAGGCAAAAGUCACAUGUAGCCUUUCUGGCUCUUCGUUGUGGGACCAGAGCUGCCCCCAGGAAGGAGGAGGCCAUCAGGCAGGUAGCUGAGUAGCCUGUACCUAAUGCUCUUUCUCAAGGAUUCACCACCCCCCCCAACCCCACCUUGGAAACUAGUUGUAACACCUUAUGAUUUAGAAUAAGUUAAUUGUAACCAUAGGUAUUUAUUGAUUGGAGGAAGGGAGGGGUUUGUGUUCAGCUUUAUUUAUGUAACAUUUACUGGCUUGUAAAAGGCAAGUAUAAACUACGGCCUCUUCAUUCCCUGGCUAACCCAUAUAGCUGCCCUUGCCCCAGUCGCUUGCGGUGUUCUUGCACAGAUCAGAAGGACAGAAGAUGGAAGACCGAAACACAUUCAGCCAACCACUUACGCUAAUUGAAUGUAUUAGAAGCUUGCGGAAGGGGCUGCAGAUGGUUUCCUCAGAUGAGGCAUGUGGAGGGAAGCCCCCCCAAACGAUAGCACACACGGAGCACCCUUUCUAAAAAAGCCUGGGAGCUUUGCCCGGGGUCCCUCCCUCACUUUGUCUCCACAGGACAUUUGACCCAGUGGCAAGUUGCACUUUGGUGAUCUUGGUCUAUCCACCUCUGUGGACAAUUGAGUUACAUAAGCCGUGUAUGCGGACAUGCACACGUGACACUUACACACUGACCCUCCACCACACAGACCCUGUUUCCUGGCAACCCCUCCCGGACCCCGACUUUGUGUACAUAGCUGUAAACACGGAUUUUUAUGGGUUUUGGUUUGCUCCCCCUUCCCCUUGUUUUGGCUUGCGAAUGAUGUCUACAGAGCUCUCCCUCCCCCCAGGAGUUUACCUUGGGGCCCGCUUGGCUUGGUGGUAAAGGGGGAGGGGCGAAGGAAGCAUCCUUGAUUUCCUCAGCUCUAUUGCUUCUCUCUGGCUUCUCGGCAAACACCUACACUUGGGAAAGAAUGCAUAACACACAAAGUGGUAGUGUGCCCGUGGGGCCCCACCCUCUUCCCAGGCUAGUCAGCCGGCACUGAGUACCGGCCCUCGCUCUAGCUGCUUCAGACUGGUGGCUUGCUGCCUUUAGCUUGCCCGGCUGAGUUAGAGCUCUUCAAAAGGUCCAGCCGGUUCUCACACCUGGGGUCAGUGACAGUUGUACCUGGAGCUGAGGAUGUCAUCCAAGACAGUUCCUAAAAACUACCCCGGCUACUUGGGUUUCCGCUGCAGUCCUGUGAGCACAUUGGGCUGUGCUAGCACAGCCUUCCAAGGUACAGUCAAGGCUCCUCCCUAAGCCAACUGGAAGGGAACAAAGAACGGUCCUCACUGUUACCUUGGGCACUUGCCAGCUGAUGAAGUUCUUUGAGCUUGGGCAGUCUGCAUUGGUGGGGCCCCCAGCUGGAUCCCAACCCCGAAGGGACAACACAUACAAAGUUGGUCUUGGGCCGGAACCCAGGUCGUCACUUUGAAGCAGCGUGGUCUCCAGUGCUAUUCCAAGAAAUGUCUGAGGUGCGUGGGCAGCACACACCUGCACAGUACAACUUACUAGACCGUCCGAGGCUUCACCAGCCUCCUGGUUUGUGCAUUUGACGAGAAGUUCCAUGCCCUUCCUGCUCUGUAACCGUGGAUGUCAAUCCCGUUUCCAUUUUUUGCUGUGGGUGACUGCCGCUGCUUUCUUGGCUUUCUCUUCCUGUCCCACGGUUGAUUGAUGUUAGCAGCAGUAGGGCUGUGCCCAGUGCCCACUCCACUGCGUCCCUGUUUCUUUUCUCCCCCACUGUGGCCCCUUCUCACCUCACCACAAAAGUUACCACAGAAGGUUUCCUUUGUAAAAAAUAUUUAUUUUGAAGCUCUAUUUUAAUAGUAUUUAUUUUAGAAAGUCUACUAUUGUAAGAGUUCUUCUGUUUGUGAAGAAAAAACAAGUUAAAAACUGAAUGUACUGAUCUAGAAGAUAUCUAUAAAUAUAUAUUGUUCAAUAUACAUAUGACUGCCA